UGGACACUGCACAGACCCCAACCGAGACUGUGCUGGGUGCUCUGUGAACCCCAACUGAGAUUGGGGCACAGCUGUGCUGGGUGCUGCACAGGGACAAAGCUAGAGACCAGGAUGACCCUCCCUCAUUUUACAGAUGAUGGACAUUGAGGCUCAGAGAGAUUCAGGCUGUGAUGCCCUGCAGAUCACUUUUCCCAUUAAACGUACGUAGCUUUGGACUUGUAAUUAACAAAUUAAAAUGAAUUGUAAGGAUUGCUAUGGGAACUGGCUGUCUAAAUGCCAUCAAUGGCUCUGAAAAUCUCAGCCCCAGUCUGGGGCAUUAACCACAAGCCAGUCUUCCUCCUGGAGCCCAGCUUCGUUUCCUCUCUCCCUUACAGUGGGACCUGGUGUGUGACUCCCGGCAGCUGAAGCAGAUGGCUCAGUCCAUCUACAUGGCUGGGGUCCUGGCGGGAGGCAUCAUCUUUGGAGGUCUGUCAGACAGGUUUGGCCGCAGGUCUCCCUUGAUCUGGUGCUACUUGCAGAUGGCUGUCACGAGCACCUGCACUGCCUUCUCACCCAGCUUCACUGCCUACUGCAUCUUCCGUUUCCUGACCGGAAUGGCCAUCUCGGGCAUUGUGAUGAACAGUGUCUCUCUGUGUAAGUGUGUCUGGCGCCUGCCAUCCCAGACACAAGAUGAGCUGGUUACUGGGGAUGGACGGAAGUGCCUUGUUCCUGCUGCUAAUAAAUUACUCUGUGGUGGGAGCACAGAGAGACCAGAAGCACACACCGCAUGGGUGGGAUGUCCAAGGUCUCAGCAGCAAAAAUCGGGAGCUAGAUUUUUCCAGAACUCCUAG